UUUCAGCGGCAAAGCAGCCUGUGAGGAUACUUCCGUUUCCGGUUGGCAUAUUGCCUUGGAAACAAGGAUGCAGAGCAAUCUGGGUGAAUAUGGUGGGGCUGUGCUGUGCGCUGAUCCCCGACGGGGAGUUUACGGCCGUUGUGUAUCGGCUCAUCCGCGACUCCCGCUACUCCGAGGCGGUGCAGCUUCUGAGCGCAGAGCUGCAACGGAGCUCCAGGAGCCGCGCAGGCCUGUCGCUGCUGGCCUACUGCUACUACCGCCUGCAGGAGUUCGAGCUGGCUGCCGAGUGCUAUGAGCAGCUCAGCCAGAUGCACCCAGAGCUCGAGCAGUACCGCCUGUACCAGGCCCAGGCCCUGUACAAGGCCUGCCUCUAUCCUGAGGCCACCCGGAUCGCCUUCCUCCUGGACGGCCCCACGUACCAGAGCCAGGUCCUCCGCCUGCAAGCUGCUAUCAAGUACAGUGAGGGUGACCUGCCAGGGGCCAGGAGCCUGGUGGAGCAGCUGCUGAGUGGGGAAGCUGGAGAAGACAGUGGAGGGGAGAACGACCCUGAGAGUCUGGUCAACAUGGGUUGUCUGCUCUACAAGGAAGGACACUAUGAAGCUGCCUGCUCCAAGUUCUUAGCUGCCCUGCAGGCUUCUGGGUACCAGCCUGACCUUUCCUAUAACUUGGCCCUGGCCUAUUACAGCAGCCGGCAGUAUGCCCCAGCUCUGAAACACAUUGCUGACAUUAUUGAGCGGGGCAUCCGUCAGCAUCCAGAGCUGGGGGUGGGCAUGACCACAGAAGGCAUUGAUGUUCGCAGCGUUGGCAACACUUUUGUCCUUCACCAGACUGCUCUGGUGGAAGCCUUCAACCUCAAGGCAGCCAUAGAGUACCAGUUGAGAAACUAUGAGGCAGCUCAGGAAGCCCUCACUGACAUGCCUCCCAGAGCAGAGGAAGAGUUGGACCCUGUGACCCUGCACAACCAGGCUCUAAUGAACAUGGAUGCCAGGCCUACAGAGGGGUUUGAGAAGCUCCAGUUUCUGCUCCAGCAGAACCCCUUUCCCCCAGAGACCUUUGGCAACCUGUUGCUGCUCUACUGUAAGUAUGAGUAUUUUGACCUGGCAGCAGAUGUCCUGGCAGAAAAUGCCCACCUGACCUACAAGUUUCUCACACCUUAUCUCUAUGAUUUCUUGGAUGCUAUGAUCACUUGCCAGACAGCUCCUGAAGAGGCUUUCAUUAAGCUCGAUGGGCUGGCAGGAAUGCUGACUGAGCAGCUCCGGAAACUAACCAUACAAGUACAAGAAGCAAGACAUAAUAGAGAUGAUGAAGCUGCCAAAAAGGCAGUGAAUGAAUACGACGACGCCCUUGAGAAGUACAUCCCUGUACUGAUGGCCCAGGCAAAAAUCUACUGGAACUCUGAAAAUUAUCCAAUGGUGGAGAAGAUCUUCCGCAAAUCUGUGGAAUUCUGUAAUGACCAGGAUGUGUGGAAGCUGAACGUGGCCCAUGUUCUUUUCAUGCAGGAAAACAAAUACAAAGAAGCCAUUGGUUUCUAUGAGCCCAUUGUCAAGAAGAAUUAUGAUAACAUCCUGAGCGUCAGUGCUGUUGUAUUAGCCAACCUCUGUGUUUCCUACAUUAUGACAAGUCAGAAUGAAGAAGCUGAGGAGCUGAUGAGAAAGAUUGAAAAGGAGGAAGAGCAGCUCUCCUAUGAUGAGCCAGAUAAGAAAGUCUACCACCUUUGUAUUGUGAAUUUGGUGAUAGGAACGCUUUAUUGUGCCAAAGGAAAUUAUGACUUUGGCAUCUCUCGAGUCAUCAAAAGCUUGGAGCCUUACCAUAAAAAGCUAGGAACUGAUACAUGGUAUUAUGCCAAGAGAUGCUUCCUGUCUCUAUUAGAAAACAUGUCAAAGCAUACAAUCAUGCUGCGUGACUGUGUUAUUCAAGAAUGUGUGCAGUUUCUAGAGCACUGUGAACUAUAUGGCAGAAACAUUCCUGCUGUCAUAGAACAGCCCCUGGAGGAAGAGAGGAUGCACAUCGGGAAGAAUACAGUCACAUACGAGUCCAGACAGUUGAAAGCUUUGAUUUAUGAGAUUAUUGGAUGGAAUAUGUAAUUAUGGCUGACAGUGACUUUUAUCAUUUGUUAUAUAAAUUUUUAGUUUUACCCAUAUUUAGCUUUUGUUACUCAUGUUUGUUACAUGUGGAACUUUGCACUCUUUAGCAUUAUAACAAAAAUAUUCGAUAAUACCUGCAUGUUUAGAUUCCCCACCAAAUGAGAUUAUUGUGAGCACUUUGGCCCCAGAAGGUAUCAUGAAAAUUUCAAAAUUGAGGAAGGAUUCUGU